GCGGGCGCCCGUGCGUGCCGUUUGAAAGCAUGGCGCGGGUGGGCGUGCGGCUGGUGCUGUGUGAGGAGAAGAUCCGGGAGAAGAGCGGCCUGGCGCCUCACCGCGACCUGGCUGAACUUCAGUCAUUAUCUAUUCCUGGGACUUACCAAGAAAAGAUUACUCACCUAGGAAAUUCUUUGAUGAAUUUAACAGGUCUAAAAUCUUUAGAUCUCUCGCGCAACUCCCUGGUUAGUCUAGAGGGCAUUCAGUACCUGACUGCACUGGAGAGUCUCAAUCUCUACUACAAUUGCAUUUCCUCGUUAGCAGAAGUGUUUCGACUUCACUCCUUGACUGAACUCUCGGACGUGGACUUCCGGCUGAACCCUGUGGUGAAGAAUGAGUCUGAUUACCGCCUUUUUGUUGUGCACAUGCUCCCGAAGCUCAGGCAGCUGGAUGAUCGCCCCGUGAGAUCGAGCGAGCAGAAAGCUUCCUGGCUGCAUUUUGCUUCAGAGGAGUCGUUCAACUCACAGCAGAGCUUCCCAGCUGUUUUCAGCAUUGGAAGACCGUGCCACUCCAGAGCCAAAUGUACUGACUCCUCGGCCAAGAAGUGCUUGGUCAUGGACGCGGAUGAUGAGGCGGUCUUGAACCUCAUUGCCGAGUGCGAGUGGGACUUGAGCAACCCUCCUGGGAGCACAAGUUCCAGCCAGAAGGAGCGAGAGGCUGACUUGCCUAAUUCCCAAGAAUCCAGACAUCUGUUGAGUCCUCAGUCAGUACAGCACCAGUGUGGGGACUCCAUAAAGAAGGGCCAUGAGAAGAGGAAAAGCAACCCCAGAGGGUGUUGUCCAGAAAAGAGGCUUCAGAACCAGUGCUGUGGAGAGCUUCCGCUGCAGUGCGGAGAUGAGCCUGAGGCCCACCGCUCCUUCGGGCAGCACACACAUUUCACCCCACAGCCAGACUCCACAGGCAUUGAGGACUCAGCCUCCUCUUCUCAGAAGUCAAGCUUGUCAGCACAAAAGGUGUUAAAUCCUUUAACUGCUCCCGAAAAGUACAGGAAGCAAAGAACGGCUGGUGGGAGAUUCCAGGCGCCUGCAGACCAGGUGUGUCUAACCUGCCUGGAGAGGGCCAGCGGGCCCUCAAGUCCCGAGGAGAGUCUGAGCAGGCAGGACGGCUCCGAGGGCGGGAGCGAGAGGGCCUUUUCUCACCUGGGGGCAUCGGAGCUGGAAGAGCAGAGGCCCCGCAGCGUGAGCGGCGCCCGAGAGGUGUCUCCCAAAUCCCACACCGCUGCGCUGCCUGGGAAGAAGGCCGCCCUGGAGGUGGUGCUCCUGGAAGCGCUCCUCGACCUGGUGGACAGGUACUGGAGUGGCUGCAAGUCCCUGCAUGGCAACGAGGUGUUCAUAGCUCAGGCAAGACAUAUUUUGUCAUCUGCUCAAGAAUUUACAGCAACUCAGGACAAUUCAACAAUUGUGAAUGAAGAAAUCAGUUACCUGACUCUUGAAAAUAAAUCUUUACAAAAGCACCUUGCUGAGCAACAGCAGCAAUAUAGCAUGAAGAUGAGUGAGGCGGUGUCAGAACUCAGCAGCACGCGGAAGGAGAUGGAUGACCUGCGGCAACAUUUAGACAAAUCUUUGGAGGAGAACAGUAGCUUAAAGUCUCUCUUGUUCAGCAUGAAGAAAGAAGUAAAAAAUGCAGAUGCUUCAGCUACGUUAAAUUUGCAGGUCACUGGACUUCAAACAAGUGUGAAGAGGCUCUCUGGUGAGAUUGUGGAACUAAAGCAGCAUCUAGAGCACUAUGACAAGAUCCAGGAGCUCACCCAGAUGCUGCAGGAGAGCCACAGUUCCCUGGUCAGCACCAACGAGCACCUCCUGCAGGAGCUUCGCCAGGUGCGGGCGCAGCACAAGGCAGAGGUGGAGCAGCUGCACUGGAGCUACAAGGAGCUCAAGAAGACCAUGGCCCUGUUUCCGCAUGGCAGCGCCGGCCUGGGCGGCUGCUAGUCCUCUGGACGCCUGCCAAGAAGCCUUACUUCUCUUAAACCUAUGCUUUUGAGCUGUGUGGCUCACAUUUGUAUUUCUUUACCCGGUGUAUUUGUUGGUGAGAGUUGUCUGUUCUGUUUGUAAUAUCUUGUCAGUUUUGAGAUGUAUUCGGGGCCUAUAGCUCGGUUUUCUAAAACAUCCUAAAAAGACAGGAUUAAUCCAAGCCCUUCACAUGUUUUGA